CAGAAUUACAGAUAGAUAGAGAGAAAGGAACAACAGAGAACAAAGAGUCUGCCGUCGUGAUUUCCAGCAAUUUCGUCGGCGAAAAAGACUAGUUCCUCCGGUUCAUUGGGCAGAACCACGUUGUGGGCUAUAGCCCAGACGAAAAGAUAGACUGGAGUGGAGCAUCAAAGUUCUGAACAUACAAACAAGUUCCAGUCUAUCAACGCGCGGGCAUUUCUGGUUGCUCAAUCCAAUUUCAGCCGGUUGCUUUUGGGGCGCUGGAGCGUGUGAUUCAAUCAAGUCUUAAAAAUGCAUCCUCCAUUAACACUACACAAGCACCCGAUGUGUGCACAAAUCAUUGAGGAGUUUCAGAAAUGUCACUUAGAGCAUCCUUUUGCAAAAUUUAUUGGUGAAUGUACAGAUCUCAAGAUAAAGCUUGAUCGCUGUUUUCGGCAGGAAAAAGCAUUGAAGAGGAAGGCCAACUUUGAAGAGAGUAAGAAACUGAGGGACAGGCUACACGCUUCAAGGAAGGAAGCUGCUGAGACAAUCACUGAAUAGGCAUGCAAUCCUAAUGGCAAAUUCAAGUGGCAUUCAAUUAGUGAAAACAAAAGGUUGUUCUAGAAUUCGCAAUAGUUUUAAAAAGGUAAAUUAUAAUGUUAUUUAGAUACCACAGACUGGAUUCGUGAUCAAAUUAAAGUCCCUGCUAUGUUACUGAUGAUUAUAUUGUAUCUACUUAUUUAUCUUUAAUCUUAAUUUGCAUACAACUUUAGUUAA